CAGUCACAGGAAGUCGAACGAUUGUAAACUUCCUGGAUAUUUGGGAAGCCGAAAUGUCAGGGAAAAAGUCAGAAUGGGUUUACGACGAAUUGCUCUGCUUCCUGGGCAGUGCAUUUUUCAACGUGCCUGUAGAUGGGUUCAUCGAAGCUAAAUGUUUAAUAUUUGAUCCCAGUGUGGAAGAUAUGGCAGAGUAUAAGAAAAUUCACCAUGAAUACAAACAAGUUGUUGAAGCCUUGUUAGAUGCGUUUACAAAAGACACCAAACUUAGCCAUGAUGAAGUGAUACAAGCCUUAAAGGAUAUGAAUUCCAAGAAAGAUAUCCGGGAAGUUUUCCAUGGUUUAUUUGAGUUAGUGUUAGCUAUGGAUGACUACCAGGUGUUUGUAAGAAUGAUGACAACCAAAAAUAUUGAACUACAGCAACAAGCUUUAAUGCUCAUUAUGAAAACAACAGGCGCCCUUCCUGACAGUCUAACUGACGGACAGUCCAAGUCACAAUCCCCACCCCCUGCACCCCGGGAGAGCGAGGAUGAAAUUAUGAAACGGGUCCUAGAGCAGUCAAAGAGAGAAUAUGAAGAGGAGCAGAAGAAACUUCAGAGACGUGACACAAAGGAUAAAGUUGAGAUGCAGAAAACUAUUGAGAUGUCUAAACAUGAAGCAGUGCAAUUAGAGUCCCAGAGACAGUCAGAGCAAGAGAAAAUGAAUGCGGUUAUGCAGAAUUUAGUUUUAGAAGAUAGUACUACUAAGUCAAUGCCACCGUUAGUUGCUAUUCCAACACAACCAAAACCAAAAGAUAAGCCAGUGAUAGGGACACCUGGUAUAAGUGUGAGCAUGUACACAGAGAAAGACACUGCUGUCACUGCUAGCAGUGGAAAGGCAAGUGCUGGUAAAAUACCAUCCGCUAGUGGUGGGGCCAGCAAGACCACAUCGGGAUCAAGUCAGCCAAGUAUAGACCAAAGUUUGGUAGGACCUGGGCUCCUACCCAUGACCCGAGUUCCGCAGAUCAGCAGCAGCCAGGCAGCAGCUAACUGGCUUAAGUCAGCACAGGAUGAAACUUCAGACACUGGACAGUCUGAUGCUGUUCAAAAAGCAGCCGCGGCCAUGGCAGGUAUGAGUGCAGAGGAGAUUAAGAAGCGUCAGGCUUAUCUUAUAGCUCAACGAGAUAAACUCAUCGCAAUGAAGAAAAAGGAGCGUGAAAAGCAACUUCUCUCCGCAGAACAGAGUAACCCUGGUCGACCAAUGUCUGCUCGUGCUGCACGGCAAAUGUUGGAAGGUGAUAAGAAGAAAGAAGCCGAGGAAAAGAAAGGAAUUUCUCCGGAAGAACAGAAAAAGAUUGAAAUGAGACGUCAAAUUGCUAACAAAUUAAAAGCAGAGUUAAUGGGAGAUAAAUAAGAUAUUAACACUGUCAGAUUUUCCGACCACAUGAUUUUUAUUGGGUAUAAAUA